UGAAAUAUUGGGAAAGUGCGAUGUGAAUGUGGUAAUCUCCUUUAUACUGCUGUAUCUACCAAUACUGUAGCAAGUGCAUAAAGGGCAUCAAUUUCUUUAUUCUCAUUUCUGCGUUUGAGAUUUUGAGAUAAAAUAAGAAAAUAAUAAAAAAAUGCCAAAGAAGGAAGGGUUCAAGGAAAAUGGAGAAGAAGAAGGGGAAGUGAGCAGAGCUGAUUUCCCUCCCGGCUUUAUGUUUGGGGUUGCCACUGCUUCAUAUCAGAUUGAAGGAGCCUGCAAUGAGGGCGGCAGGGGUGCUAGCAUAUGGGAUUCUUUUUCACACACUGAGGGAAAAAUUAUUGAUGGAAGCAGCGGUGAUGUGGCAGUUGAUCAUUAUCAUCGAUACAAGGAAGAUGUCGAACUUAUACACAAGUUUGGAUUUGAUGCUUAUAGGUUCUCCAUAUCAUGGUCUCGCAUUUUCCCAGAUGGUUUGGGAACCAAAGUCAAUAAUGAAGGAAUUGCCUUCUACAACAAUCUCAUUAAUGCUCUUCUUGAAAAGGGUAUUCAGCCGUUUGCAACUUUGUACCAUUGGGAUCUCCCUUUGCAUCUUCAUGAAUCAAUUGGAGGGUGGUUAAAUAAGCAAAUUGUAAACUACUUUGCUGUUUAUGCAGAUGCUUGCUUUGCACACUUUGGUGAUAGAGUAAAGAAUUGGAUCACUAUAAAUGAACCGCUCCAAACUGCAGUGAAUGGGUAUGGUACUGGGAUAUUUGCUCCUGGAAGAUGUGAAGGUUCAUCAACAGAACCAUAUUUGGCUGCACACCAUCAGAUCUUGGCCCAUGCAAGGGCUGUUUCAAUAUACAGAAGCAAGUACAAGGAUAAGCAAGGGGGACAAAUUGGGUGGGUGCUAGACUGUGAAUGGGCAGAGGCCAAUUCAGACAAAAUUGAAGACAAAUCUGCUGCGGCAAGGCGCCUUGAUUUUCAACUUGGAUGGUACUUGUGCCCAUUAUAUUAUGGAGACUAUCCUGCAGUUAUGCGUGAAAAAUUAGAUCAACUUCCCAAGUUCUCACAGGAAGAAAAAGAAUUGCUUAUGAACUCAUUGGACUUUCUUGGUGUUAAUCAUUAUACAUCAAGGUUUAUUUCUCAUGUAACAAACAGUUCCGAAGAAAUUAUUUUCUAUAAGGCUCAAGAGAUGGAGAGAAUCGUUGAAUGGGAAGGAGGCGAGAAGAUUGGUGAAAAGGCAGCAUCAGAAUGGCUCUACAUUGUCCCUUGGGGCAUCCGGAAGGUUCUCAAUUACAUAGCACAAACAUACAACAAUCCCCCAAUAUAUAUCACCGAGAAUGGGAUGGAUGAUGAAGAGGACAACAGUUUGCCACUUCAGGAUAUUCUUGAUGACAAAUUAAGAGUUCGCUACUUUAAGGGAUACCUUGCCGCAGUUGCUCAGGCAAUCAAAGAUGGAGCAGAUGUGAGGGGAUAUUUUGCAUGGUCACUAAUUGACAAUUUUGAGUGGGGUCAAGGAUAUACCAAACGCUUUGGUUUGGUUUAUGUAGAUUACAAGAAUGGUCUGAUCAGGCAUCCCAAAUCUUCUGCUUAUUGGUUCGCACGGUUCUUGAAAGGUGGUGAAAAGAAAAGUGGCAAAGACGACUAAAUUGCCUAAAACUAUGCAUGUAUUGUUAAAUUAGGGUAGAACUCAACAUACAUGGCCUACCUUGCAUUUCUUUCUUACUUGAUUUGUGACUUCAAAUUCAAACCGUAAGAUUCUGUUAAGGUCCUGACUCUUUUGCUUGUUUUUCGUUUGUAGUUGGUGACAAACAAAACAAAUAAAUGGGCUACUUCAAUAGACCACGCAUUCAUAAUAAACCUUGCUUUUAUAUUGACAUAUUUGAAAUUAUAUGUAAUUAAAAAUAAUUAGUGUAUUUUAAAAUAAACAAUGUAAUUUCAUUUCAUUCUUCGUGCAUGUUCCCU